CAUCCAUUCCCGCCACAAGCACAACCUCCAAAUGCCACAUAAACACACCCGCAAAGGGGAAGUCGAUAAGUCAACGUAAGUCGCCUUUCCCCCCUUCCUCGACAUCUCCUAAUCCCUCCGGAACAGUGUCGACCUCCCCCCAACCACAAUCGCAAAGCCCCUCUCGGUCUCUAAAUCCGCGAAAGAGAAUGGCAUCUUCACCUCAGAGCUAAAUACGACGCGCAAGAACAACAAAAAGAGGAAACAUAACCCAGAUAUAAACGAUGAUACGCCGAAGGCUUUCCAGCGGCUCAUGAUGUUCCACCAGGGGAAGAAGUUGCCGAAAGGAUUGGAUGAUGGGGUGCGGACGAAGAAGGCGAAGAAGAAUAAUAAUAACGCGGACGAGAAGGAUGAAAAAGAAGCAACGAGGAAGGAGGGAAAGUCUGAGGAGAAAGAGAAAGCUGCUAUGCCUACGAUUAAACCUGGCGAGAAGAUGUCUGAGUUUUCUGCUAGAGUCGAUGCUGCACUCCCGGUUAGUGGCUUGAUGAAUAAAACCGCGAAGAACGGGAAGGAUCCCCUGGGUCUGAAGGUUGGGAGAACAUACAAGGAGAAGAAAAUGCAUAAACUCUACGAUCAAUGGCGCGAGGAGGAGCGCAAAAUCCAGGACAAGAGGAUGGAUGCUAGAGAUAUGGAAGAAAUGCAAUCCGAAGACGAGAACGGACAGGUCGUUUGGAAAGAUCUUGACCCAUCUAGCUCUGGGAAGAAGAAAAAGAAGGGCAAGAAUAAGAAGAACAAGCUCGUAGGUGAGGUAGAGGAUUUCGAGGGAGACCCCUGGGCGAAACUUAAGCGGGAUAGAGGCGAGGGGAAGGUGGGACUUAAUGAUGUUGUGCAGGCGCCGCCGACUUUUAAACAUACUCCCAAGGAGAAAUUUAAGGUGAGAGGCGCGAGGGUGGAAGUUGAGAACGUGCCCAAGGCUAGUGGGAGUUUGCGGAGGAGGGAGGAGCUUGGUGAGGUUAGGAAGAGUGUUGUCGAGGGGUAUAGGAAGAUGAUGCUGGAGAAUAAAGCGAGGUUUGCGGAGGGGAAGGAAGAAUAG